GUGCUUGAGAAUGUGGAAUAUCGCCUUGUAAUCAAUGUUCAAUCGGCAAUAAAUUUGCCGGAACCGGAACAAGGCACAUUACAACCAUUUGUUGAGAUUUCUUUUCAGGGCUCAUCAGCAGAAACGACAGUAGCUGCAAAUGGUAGGAACGCGAAUUGGCAGCAGACUGUUGAACUGAAGCUUGAUCGUCUUCGAGAAACCAAAAAUGACUUCAGCAGUAUCACUGAUUCACUUCGAAUUACUGUUUACGAUCGACUGGUCAGCAAGUUAAAUGCUGAUGACCGGGAGCCGAAUUCGGUGCAUGAGCAACUCGAAAGACGUUACCUCGGAUCGAUUUUUAUUCCAUUCACAACCAUUUAUUAUAAUGCUAAAAUUGAUGGACGCUUACGUCUCCAGACUCCACUGAUUUUAACCUCUUACAGGUAUGCAUCAUUUUGA